UGCUUAACUUAACUCAUCUUAUCUCCUCUGCUUGGCUUGGCUUGGCUUAGCUUAGCUUAGAAUCAGAUAGAUAUUCGAAUCAAAUCUCACUCGCGAUUCCUUCCUUCCUUCGUUGUAAAAUCACACGUGCUAAAUGGGUGCACUGGAUCACAUCUCUGACCUCUUUGACUGCUCCAAUGGCAGUUCCAAACACAAGAAGCGCAAGCAAUUGCAGACGGUGGAGGUGAAAGUGAAGAUGGACUGCGAAGGAUGCGAGAGGAAAGUGAGGAAGGCGGUGGAGGGAAUGAAAGGGGUGAAUCAGGUGGAUAUAGAGCGCAAGGCCAACAAGGUCACCGUUUCCGGCUACGUCGAACCCUCUAAGGUCGUAGCUCGCAUCGCUCACCGCACCGGCAAGAGGGCUGAGAUCUGGCCCUAUGUCCCCUACGACGUCGUCGAACACCCCUACGCCCCCGGUGUCUACGAUAAGAAAGCUCCCUCCGGUUAUGUCCGAAACAUCGAUGACCCUCAAUACUCUCAUCUCACUCGUGCCAGCUCCACCGAGGUUCGCUACACCACCGCCUUCAGCGACGAGAACCCUACCGCCUGUGCCGUCAUGUGACUUCCUUAACUGUUCAACUUCUCCUCCUCCUCCUCCUCCUCCUCUUCUUUUCUCAUUUUGCUAUUUGCAAAAAUAGAGUAUAUUACCAACACCUACUCAAGAAUCCUUAUAGCUAGCGUUAGUGGAUAUGUGCCGCCAACAUCAAAUUGGGCAAAUUUGUCAUGUUCAUUGUAAAUUACUUUGAUUUUGAGAGUCUAUGCUGAAUGCGUGUGUCAAUCAAUGUCUUCAAAUUCAAAUAUUUUGGUGAUACUUAUUUUU